UCUACUGUUUCAAGCUGGUUCAUCUCCCUGGUUUUUCUCUCCAAACUCUUCCUCUUUUUCCUUCCCAGAGCUAGGACUUACAGGAGAAGGUGUUGCCUUGGCUUCUAUAAUGAAUUCAAUGCUCACAAGGAUGGGGGGAUUUGGGUCCCCUGAAGAUGCUUCAAUAAAUUCCAUCACGCUAUUUGUUGUUCUCCUUCUUUCUUGCGUUGUGAUUGGACAUCUCCUCGAAAAGAGCCGGUGGAUGACUGAGUCAGUCAUUGCAUUGCUAAUUGGUCUUUUAACGGGAACCAUCAUUCUAUUAACAACUGGGUGGAAAAGUUCACACAUUUUAGUAUUUGAUGAAGAACUUUUUUUCAUAUAUCUUCUUCCUCCCAUCAUAUUUAAUGCAGGGUUCCAGGUGAAAAAGAAGCAGUUUUUUAAGAACUUCAUGGCAAUAGUUUUAUAUGGUGUUGUUGGGAGUAUGAUAUCAUUUGCCAUUAUAUCACUAGGUUCAAUUCAAUUAUUCAAAGGAUUAGACAUUGGUGUAUUGGAUCUGGGAGAUUAUUUUGCAGGAAUUUGUUUUUUCUUUCCUUUUGGAAGCAACAUAUUCACUCAAAAGCUAAUAGAUUGUGAGGUGCUUAAUCAAGAAGAGACGCCUCUUCUGUACAGUUUAGUUUUUGGUGAAGGCGUUGUCAAUGAUGCAACAUCAGUGGUUCUGUUCAAUGCAAUCCAAAAAUUUGACCUCUCUCAUAUCACCUCAGCCAAUAUCUUGCAAUUUGUUGGCAAUUUCUUUUAUUUAUUCUUAACAAGCACUUUACUUGGAGUAGCGGUUGGCUUGUUCAGUGCGUACAUUAUAAAGAAGUUGUGUUUUGCCAGGCAUUCCACUGAUCGAGAAGUUGCUCUUAUGUUCUUGAUGGCUUAUUUAUCUUAUAUGUUGGCUGAACUUCUUGAUUUAAGUGGGAUCCUUACUGUGUUCUUUUGUGGGAUUGCCAUGUCGCACUAUACCUGGCAUAAUGUUUCUGGGAGUUCUAAAGUUACGAGCAGGCAUGCUUUUGCAGCUUUCUCAUUUGUCUCUGAGAUUUUUAUCUUCUUAUAUGUUGGCAUGGACGCCUUGGACAUGGAGAAAUGGAAAUUUGCCAGCAAGAGUCCAUGGACUUUAGUUGCGUCAAGUGGAUUGCUGCUUUGCUUGGUUCUGCUUGGAAGGGCAGCUUUUGUGUUUCCCCUGUCAUCUUUAGCCAAUUUAUUUAGGAAGUCUAACAAUGAUAAGAUUACAUUCAAGCAGCAGGUUGUGAUAUGGUGGGCUGGGCUUAUGCGAGGUGCUGUAUCUGUGGCACUUGCAUACAAUAAGUUUACAAGAUCAGGACAUACUCAGCUGCAAGGGAAUGCCAUCAUGAUUACCAGCACCAUCAUAGUCGUUCUCUUAACUAAUGUGGUGGGAGGAUUACUGACUAAGCCUCUGAUAAGGUUAUUGCUGAAUCCCCAUAAACAUUCAGGCAUCUCAGUGGAUUCAGAUUUAUCACCCAGUAAGCGUUUGACUUUGCCGUUACUCUCCAACGAGCACGAAUCGGAAUCUAACGUAGACAUCGGGAACAUCAUAGCAUGUAUCUGUCAUCCCCCGAAGGGAGCAAAAAGACGACCUAAUGCAAGUAGUCUGUCUCCAAUGAGUGAAGAGUCUGCCACAUCUGAGGAUGGUUCGAUUUAAUUUGAUGGUUCGGAUUUGAUCUAAAAAUUUGAAGAGUUCAGAACUAUAAUGGAGAGGCAAUGGAGUGAAAUUAAGUCUGAAACUGAUCGGAGGGUCCACUACGACGGAGGAUUAUUGGAUUUAAUUUGAUGAUUUUCAAAAGUACAAAUUCUACCUCGUUAAGGCGCAUUGAGGAGAAAUUAAAUUUAGACCAGAUCCAACACAUUAGGCUGACAAAAGACCUUUUUCUUUUUUCGUUUUUCUUUCUUACGUCUGACAUUUAAG